UUAGGGACUGACAGUAACAAAAUACGCUUUGUACAAGAUUGAACAUAUAGUAUUUAUCUUAUUAUAAGUAACAACUGUUAUAAUCUCGUAGUGCUAAAUGUUGAAAUUAUUUUAAUUCCCGAAUAGAUAUCACAAAUUUUCAGGAUGGAAAUCUCUUUUAAAGGAAAACGUAUUUUAGUCACCGGCGCAGGACAAGGCGUCGGUCGCGGUAUAGCUGUAGAAUUAUGGAGAGCUGGGGCAAACAUAGUCGCAAUUUCUAAGACCAGAAGCCAUUUGGAGAGUUUGCAAAGCGAAUAUCCUUCAAUUGACAUCGUCGAUGUUGAUAUUAGCGAUUGGGAAAAGACAAGGGAAGUAAUUGACUCUCUAGGGCAUUUUGAUGCAUUAGUAAACAAUGCAGCGGUUGCCAUUUGUGAACCUUUCCUUACUUGUUCACCAAAUGAUUUUGACAGGAUGUUUGAUGUGAACGUGAAAGCAGUACUAAACAUAAGCCAAGUUGUUGCUAAAAAGAUGAUUGAUAACAAAACUCAAGGCGCCAUAGUCAAUAUAUCUUCUCAGGCCUCAAAGGCGGCCUUGAAAGAUCAUGCCAUUUACAGUGCAUCCAAAGCGGCAUUAGAUUCUCUAACUCGUGUCAUGGCAUUAGAAUUAGGGGCAUAUGGAAUAAGGGUAAAUGCUGUAAACCCGACGGUCAUUAUGACUGCAAUGGCAAAAGUUGGUUGGUCUGACCCUGUGAAAAGUUCAGAAAUGAUAUCUAAAAUACCACUUGGAAGAUUUGGGGAGGUUUCAGAAGUAGUUAAUGCUGUUCUUUUCCUCUUGAGCGAUAAGUCCAGCAUGAUCAAUGGUGUGCAAUUACCCAUCGAUGGAGGUUUUCUUGCUACCUAGGUAGAAGCUCAUAACAAGAACAACCAGCCUUUUCCUACAGCCACUGACAACAAAAUCUGAAGAACAUUUUUUUUUUUAUUUAAAAAGAAAAAGAAUUCAUACAUCAACAUAAAUUUGUAACUUAAAAUUUAUUCAUUAUUAAAGCUGACGUUGAUAAUCCUUCGCAAUAUAUAAUCCAAAUUAAUAAUAAAAUUAAGGAAUUAAAAAAAAAGAUACAAUUUUUCGCCUUUAAUGUAAAAUUGUUCUGAAACUUUAUAUAUUUCAAUGCCAUUAUACAUCAUAAUCAAUGUCAAUGAAACGUCCAUAUUGGGACAAAGCUUUAUUAUCAUAAAUAGAUAAUGCGAAACUAAAAUGAGGUCUUGUUUCAUUAUAUGUAAACAUCUUAUCUGUUUUGAUUUUUCUUUGUUGUUUUACAUUUAUGAUGUUAAUUGAUACAUUAAGUACUGGCGUACCAAAGAAUUAUAAUCUUUAAAUGUUAAAUAAAUUAUAAUCUAUGAAUUACAAUAAAUUUUUCCUGUUUCUU